CACACACACUUAAAGAUGCACAAACGUGUACACACAAUGCCGUGGAGCUCUCAUGGACUGAGUGAGUGGUCCUGUUGCAGGGUCAAGAUCUCAGGAACAGUGUGAACGGCCAUGUGUAACUAACCCUCCUCGUACCAUUUUCCCCACAGUCCGCAGCCCCUAGCAACCACACUGCACCAUCUUUUCACACACACAAAAACACUUUGGCAAACCAAACACAGGCCCACAGACACUAUUCGCCAAAAUAGAUCCGAAACACCGAAAAAUCUGCUAUUUUUAGAAUCAAACUGGCUCCGCUUGUAGAGCUUUUCAAGAAGUCUAACGUCACCGAAGAAAAAGGAAGAAGAAAAGCACCUCUGAGUCUCAGUGUGUGACUGUCUCAUGAACUUAAAUGCCGCUGUCAGAGAGACAAGAGGACACUGAUGUACGUGGUCCGAGCUGUGGCGUCACAGGUCACUUUAUGAAUGAGUGGAUUUGGAUGAUUGACAACUAUUUUUUUGUUUAAUACUCUUUUUUAUUUACCUUUUAUCAAUCUCUAGUUUUAUCUAUACCACCACCAUCAGUGGAAAGUAUUGUACUUAAGUAUAAUUUGAUAGUACUUGUACUUUACUUGAGUAUUUCCAUUUUAUGCCACUUUUUAACUUCUAUACCUUGAAAAACCACGACGAAAAACCAGAAAACCAGAAACGCCCACACACCAGUUGAUGCUCCCACAAACUUUUUAUUAAUCACCUCCCAGGUAAUUUACCUCUCUACCUGGGAGGCAAAUAAAAAAAGGUUGUGGGGAGCAUCAGCUGGUGUCCUUGGUGCCACCUUGUGGUGAAUUUGGGAAGGAAACUUUCAAACAUGAACGUUCGGGCAGAGCUGCAGCAGAGAUGAUUGAACCAAAUAUAUUUACAGCCAUGGAUAAAUCUGAAGUGAGACUAUUUGAUUAUUCAGGCUAAUGUGCCAAAAAACUAAAUAAUACAUCCAUGAGAUUUGUUGCCAAAUUAAGGGUCAAGUUAUUUUCUACUCACACAACAGAUCAAAAAUUUUUGGAACAGUGAGUCAGACUCGAUCAAUAUUCGGGUUGCUUGCGCGUGGUUGUUAAUUAUACAAAGGAAUAUGAAAGAGUUGACUUCCACCAAAAGCCUUUGAGGAAACCACAGUGACCAUGUGAUAAGCGCACGGCACCACGUUUGAUUGCACAAUCACAAAGUGCCGGCUGCCCAAGAGGAGAGGGGCGGGGUCUCGGAAUACACUGCGCCGGUAUUUUACGCACGGUGCGCACUCCAUCCACUAAUUACGCACUGGGUAAAUUUAAGUCUAGCUCGCUGUCAGUCGAACUUGGACGUCACCUCAUUGACAGGUGCUUCUUCUCUCAUCAACAUGGUGUCGAGACACAGUUUUUCUUUUUCAAACCCCCACAUCUCUGCUUCUGGAUCAAUAAAUCAUCUUCUCUCGCUCCCUCUCAUCACCGCAGCCGCCUGCAGCGCUGCAGACGGCGGAACACAUUUGCACACGGUGCAAACAGUGUUAGUCACAAGGCUGCAUCAAAUAUUCUGCAGUUUGCACCCCGGCUGCCCAAACGCUCCUCAAGUGGAGGCGACCAGUCAAGAAGAUCAGUCACCGAAGAUCACUCAACAAGAAACAGAGACACGAGUUGUAGGAUUUCUUUACUCAAAACUACUGAAGUAAUUUUUAUUUUAAAUUGAUUUUUUAAAAAUGUUUUAGAGCGCCUUUCUCCUGAAUCUGGUAUUUCAUUUUGUCUGGCUUUGGAGGGGAAUUUCUUUACAUCCCAGACAGUCGGUCAGUCAUCAUGUCCAACAAGAACAAGGAUCUGGAGAGAGUUCCCCUGGUGACAGAUGUGAGCAACUCGUACGCCACCGUGCGAAGCGCUCCCGGCCAGAGAGGCGGCGGCGGCGGCGGCGGCGGCGGCGGCGGCAUCAAACAUUGCCACGACAACAGCCACGCGCAGGAGGACCGCGAGCGGGAGAAGAAGGUCGCCAGGAAGCGGCUGUACGUGGUCUCCGUCGUCUGCCUGAUUUUCAUGAUCGGCGAAAUCCUCGGUGGGUAUUUCGCCGGCAGCCUCGCGGUGAUGACAGACGCUGCCCACCUGCUGGUGGACUUCACCAGCUUCAUCAUCAGCCUCUUGUCCCUCUGGCUCUCCUCCAGACCGGCCACACACAAGCUCAGCUAUGGCUGGCACCGUGCAGAGAUCCUGGGCGCGCUGCUUUCCAUUUUCACCAUCUGGCUGGUGACGGGCGUGCUGGUGUACCUGGCCGUGGAGCGCCUCAUCAGCGACGACUACACCAUCGAGGGCACUAUCAUGCUCAUCACCUCCGGCUGUGCCGUGCUGGCCAAUAUAAUCAUGGCCCUCACCCUUCACCAGUCCGGCCACGGCCACAGUCACGCCGGCCUCAGCUCGCACGGUCACGGCCACGGUGACGAGAAGCCGCGAGGAUACAACCAGAUCUCGAACCACGCUCACUCGAGCGACGCCGACCACGUGGACGUGGAGCAAAAAGGAUCAAACCACGGACGGAGGGCGCAGCAGGCCAACGCCAGUGUGCGAGCGGCCUUCGUCCACGUGGUGGGCGACCUGCUCCAGAGUGUCAGCGUGCUCGUCAGCGCCAUCAUUAUCUUCUUCAAGCCAGAAUAUAAGAUCGCCGACCCCAUCUGCACCUUCCUGUUCUCCAUAUUUGUCUUGUGCACCACCUUCACCAUCAUGAGAGACAUCCUCAUCGUCCUGAUGGAAGGCACUCCGGCAGGGGUGAGGUACAGCGAGGUGCGGGAUGGCCUGCUGGCAGUGAAGGGGGUCAAAGCUGUCCACAACCUCCACAUCUGGGCCCUCACCAUGAACCAGGCUGUGCUGACUGCUCACGUGGCCAUAGACGAGUCAGUGGACGCUCAGACUGUCCUCAGAGAGAUGACCCAGGCCUGUUACUCCUCCUAUAACUUCCACUCUGUGACGAUCCAAAUGGAGCGACAGGCCGACCUGAAGCCCGGAUGCACCCUGUGUGUGGACCCCAUGAUGUAGGACCCCGCCGCGGUCAUCACCCGAGCACACGGGCGGCACGGGCUACGAUUUUUAGCUGCUGUGACCCGCAACGGUAUGAAGUUGUUCUGCCUCGCUCAUUGGAGCCUGAGGUCAAACGUCCCAUCUCUGUACCUGAAGUGCCUUUGUGGAGCUCUUCUCCUCUGUCCAACUACUGUGUGACGUUGUAACGCGUUUAAAACUUUGAAUUUUCACGAGUGGUCUUUUUUAUUAAUGUGGUUUUUAUUUAGUGUUUUCAUGUUUAAAAGUAAGUGUUCAUCUUUUGUGAAUGUUAAAUGACUGACUAACUGCUUGUGUGUGUAUAUAUAUAUAUAUAUAUAUAUACAUGUAUAUAUAUAUCUGUUCUCUAAACUGCUGUGUUUGUUUACCCUCUGAUCCUAUGUGACACGUCCAGUACGUGGCUUCAGUCUUAUUUGUUUGAGCACUGAGCCGCCGAAUCAACCCAAGCUGCUGGAUACAGAUCGAUGAGUACUGUAUUUUAUAUGCACACGAGCAACCUGAGAAGUCGAGCACAAAGACACCUCUCCACUGCUUUUGUAUAGAUGUAAGGUAUUAGCUGAAAUUAAUUAUUCAAUAAAAUAUUAUUAUUCUUUUUUUUUAAUAUCAAAUA